AUCCACGAAAAAACGAUCACGAAUGAUGCAAAACCAAAAACAGAGCGUGAGAAAAAAAUUGGUCAUCGACGAGUGGGUGUGGGAGGUGAAAUCACUUACAAGAAAAUCCAAUCCACCCAAAUCAUGGGAUCAAUUCAGUUGGGUAUACAGCACGCAGUUGGAGGCUUGGCGUCGAAACCCGAAAGAGAUCUUCUCAUGCAAGAUUUCAUGACGGUAGAAACAACAAAUUUUCCAAGUGAAGGUUCCAAUCACACACCAGCCCAUCAUUUUUCCGAAUUUAAGUUUAAGAAUUACGCACCGAUUGCUUUUAGAUAUUUUAGAGAUCUGUUUGGUAUUCAGCCUGAUGAUUUUUUGAUGUCGCUGUGCAACGCAAGGUUGACGGAAUUGUCAAAUCCUGGCGCUAGUGGUUCUAUAUUUUAUGUUACCAGUGAUGAUGAGUUCAUCAUCAAGACUGUACAGCACAAGGAGGGAGAGUUUCUACAAAAGUUAUUAGCAGGUUAUUACAUGAACCUGAAUCAAAACCCUAGGACAUUAUUACCAAAGUUUUUCGGACUCUAUUGUUAUCAGUGUAAUAGUAAAAAUGUAAGACUGGUUGUUAUGAAUAAUUUAUUACCUAGUAACAUUACUAUGCAUCAGAAAUAUGACCUGAAAGGAAGCACUUACAAGCGAAAGGCCUCAAAGGCGGAACGGCAGAAACGUUCGCCGACUUACAAAGAUUUAGAUUUUAUGGAACACCAUCCAGAAGGCAUUUUUAUGGAAGCAGAUACUUAUAACGCGCUAGUCAAGACGAUUCAGAGGGAUUGUAGAGUAUUAGAGAGUUUUAAAAUAAUGGAUUACAGCUUGCUUUUAGCUAUUCACAAUUUGGAUCAAGCACAAAAAGAAAAAUCGGAGAUGAAAUCUCAAACCCAAUUGGAGAAACUACCCGAAGAAGGAGAAGCAGGAGAUAUGAGUGCAGCUAUGCUUACAGAAGAAAGGGAGAGAGAAAAAGAAGACAGAAUAGGCGCGGCAGCCAUAUUGAACAGGAGUAAAUCAAUAAACAGACAGAGACUGGUGGCCCAUUCUACUGCCAUGGAAAGUAUACAGGCAGAGUCGGAACCCAUCGACGAGGAUGAUGAUACACCACCUGGAGGAAUUCCAGCUCGAAAUGAAAGAGGUGAGCGUCUGCUAUUGUUUAUAGGAAUUAUAGACAUUUUGCAGAGUUAUAGACUGAAGAAAAAAUUAGAACAUACUUGGAAAUCGAUGAUCCAUGAUGGGGAUACCGUCUCUGUACAUAGACCUAGUUUUUAUGCCCAAAGAUUCCAAAAGUUCAUGUCACAGACUGUGUUUAAGAAGAUUCCAUCACCUCUGAAACAUUCGCCAUCGAAAAGGAAAUCCCUAUCAAGACCUUUGGGGCGACACGAGGAAACAAAUGAAAGAGAAA